GGGAGAGCGGAUAUAGUGAAUGCGGGGUUCGGGGAGACCAGAUAUAGUGAAUGCGGGGUCCGGGGAGAGCAGAUAUAGUGAAUGCGGGGUCCGGGGAGACCGGAUAUAGUGAAUGCAGGGUCCGGGGAGAGCGGAUAUAGUGAAUGCGGGGUCCGGGGAGAGCAGAUAUAGUGAAUGCGGGGUCCGGGGAGACCAGAUAUAGUGAAUGCGGGGUCCGGGGAGAGCGGAUAUAGUGAAUGCAGAGUCCGGGGAGAGCGGAUAUAGUGAAUGCAGGGGUCCGGGGAGACCAGAUAUAGUGAAUGCGGGGUCCGGGGAGACCAGAUAUAGUGAAUGCGGGGUCCGGGGAGACCAGAUAUAUUGAAU